AUGUCAGAAGAUCUUAAAAAAGCAGCUUAUAUUCUUGCAACACUUAGUCAACAUAUAGAAUUUCCUUUCAAAAAUCAAUGAUUAAGCAAAAUUUUUCAAAAUGCAUUUACCUCAGGCAUUGAUGAUGAAAGCCUUAGAGUACUUAAAACAUGAAUAAAAUCAAAAUGAAGUGGCACAUUCCCUUAUGUAAAAGAAAUUAUUAAGUACCAGGAAUGAGAAGAUAUUUUUGCUUGGCCGAACGAAUUGCUGCAACCAUUUCAAGUAGCUGACAUACCUAAAAAAAUUGAAAAAGUUGGAUUUUUUUUGUGCUGCACUAAUAAUAAUUACAUAGAGGAAAUAGAAGGCUAUAUUUUAGUUGUAAAACUUUUUCUACCUGAAGGGAUUUUAAAAUGUAAAUACGGAGAAGAAUGAAAGGAUUGCUCAUCUCAGGAAACUGGCAUAAACGAUAAGCCUAAAAUUUCUAAUGCAAUUUUUGGCUUUGUCAAAAACUGAGAAGAGCCUCCCAAAAAUGAAAUAGAAAAGGCUGAAGAUCAAGGAACAAGAACAGAAAAAAUUAAAGAUAACCCUCAAUACGUUAUAGAAAACGAUACUAAAAAUAUAAAUGCUGACCAAAUAAAUGAAAAAUUCAAACAAAUAGAAGAAGAAUUAUCUAAAUGCAAACAAAUCAAUGAAUGUCUUAAAGCUGAGCUAACAGACGUAAAAAUAGAAAAUAAAAAAGCAUCCAAUGAUAUAAGUGAAGUAAAAGCAAUGAUAGAGAACAUGAGAAGUUCUUUAAAUGAAAAAAUAGAUGAGACUAGCAUAGAUAUAAAAAAAAGUUUAAAUUAUUUAAAAGAAGGACUAGAUAAAGGUCAAUUAUUUAUGGAAAAUGUCCUUGAAAAUUGCCAAAGUAAUUUAAAUCAACUUAAGUCUUACAAAAACCUCUCCACUAGCUCAAAAAGUGUACCAUUAAAGAAAAAUCAGGAUUUUUCUUUUCCUUUUAAUGCUGUUUCUGAUUAUUUUCAAUGCAUCAAUAAAACUGCUCAAGAUUGCAUUCAAAAAUACAAUGAACUGGAAAUUAAAUACAAUUCAUUAAUAGAUAUAAGCAAUAAUAUGAUGAUUGAGACUAAUAAGAUGCACUCAGCAUUAGAGGCGAAAAUUAAUGAAAUUGAAGAAAAGACCCAAAAAAUUUCAAUACCAAAUGGAAAUGAAUUAAUUUCAAGCACGAAAAAUGCUCUUGACUCAAAAACUAUAAAUAAAGACAAUCCAAAGAGGAAAAAAAGGGGGCUAGCCAACAUAGGAAACAGUUGCUAUAUGAAUUCAGUUUUACAGAUCUUUGCAAGUAUUCCAAGUUUCAUCGAAAAUAUAAAAAACAUUGAAAAUGACUUAUUUUAUUGUUUAGGUGGCAUAAUAUCGUCGAUAACAGAUCCCUAUUCUAUAAAAACAGACGAAAAAUUAAGAAAACUAAGAAACUUGCUGGCUAAAAAAUAUCCUAUGGUAAUUUAUAUUUAG